ACAAGGUUAUGAGCGCUUCAUUGCCCAAUCAGAAGCUUGAUGCCAACUGGCCGUAUAUGUCUCGGGGUGGCGUUGGGUGGCUCAUUUCUUCAACGGAGAAUACAGUGUUGUUAUUCAAGAUGCAGUUCAUGCUUCUAUUCAGUAGACAAGGCAAGCUCAGGCUUCAGAAAUGGUACGUGCCUUUGUCUGAUAAGGAGAAAAAGAAGAUCACCAGAGAGUUGGUGCAGACGGUCCUGGCUCGAAAGCCCAAAAUGUGCAGCUUUCUGGAGUGGAGAGACCUCAAGAUCGUAUAUAAGAGAUAUGCUAGCCUGUACUUCUGCUGUGCCAUAGAGAACCAGGACAACGAGCUCAUCACACUGGAGAUCAUCCACAGAUAUGUGGAGCUGCUGGACAAAUACUUUGGCAGUGUUUGUGAGCUGGACAUUAUUUUCAACUUUGAGAAGGCUUACUUCAUUCUGGAUGAAUUCUUGCUGGGUGGGGAAGCUCAGGAGACGUCCAAAAAGAAUGUAUUGAAGGCCAUUGAGCAGGCUGACUUGCUACAGGAGAGCCAGAGUGAAGACUGGGGAAGUUUGCCAAAUGAGGAGAUCUUGUAAUGGGCCUAGAGUCCAUCCAUGCCUCCACCCAGGCAAUUGGAUGCCAAAGAAACAGAGACCCCGCGCAGCGUACUGGAGGAAAUUGGACUGACAUAAACACUGUCCUCCUCCUCAUCAUCCACUUGCCACACACUCCUUCAUCUGCCCGCUACUCUGCUGUAUGUAGCUGAUAGCAACUCCAAUUCACCAUUGAGCACACUCAACCUCACAGUCACACACACACACACACACACACACACACACACAAAUACUGUGUUCCACAACUCUGCCUUUGUUUUCUACUUUUUUUUUUCUGAGACAAACAAUGUAGCACUGUUUGGGUAUUUAUUUGUUCAGUGUGAUGAUGUUAACUGUUACCAAGGAAAAAUGCAGCAUAAUUAAGGUUUUUAUUUUUUGCUGCUUUCCAGUCCACACCAAGAUGCUGUACUGAGUGAACUGCUUUAUUUCGAUUUGACCAAAGCUGAUGUGAUCACUCUGUUCUGUGAAGUAUAUUUAAUGAUUUUGGAGCUACCUCUGCUUUCAAAUGUGUUAGUCAGACUUAUAGAAUAGAAUAUAUUGUAAAGGGAAGUCAAAAGUAUUACAUUAACAGAGCCAAAGAGUUAUGUUUCAUCUCGCCUUUGUUUCUUCAAUAUUGCAUUGUGAUUAUCAUGAACUUGACCAUAGUUUCAACACAUCUGACAUCUGAAAUAUACCCGCUGUACUUACACUGUAAUGCACCACUGCAGUCUGAAGUGAAAUGACUGUGCAUGAACUGGCUUAAAGACAGAAAAUGUUGUAUGUCAUAUAAUGAGUAUUCUCUCAGUUUACAGGGCAUUAUCACUCCUAUAGUCUAACAGUUUGGUCUAUUGGUUUCUAAUGGCAGGAUCCCACUUAAUGUUGAAGGCCUUAAUCACUGAUGGAUGUCCAUUCAUUUCAAAUGAAAGAAUCUGUUACUGUUCCAUAACCAAAUUGCAUUUGGAUGCCAAGGCAAUGUAGCCGGAAAAUACACUGAGUUUAUUUUAUUAAUGUAUUGUGUGCAAGAGCUAAAUUGACUGUUCUUUUUCUUCACGAUUACUACUGUACUUCUCUUUUAGGUUUUUUUGUGAUGAAAAUAUUUCAUUGAAUCAAAACUGUUGCACUCACUUAAAAUAUCUAUGUGUGUUGCCUGGGGUAGGCUUUAAGACACAGGAUAUUUGCACUUAAAGCAGCAUAAAUCAAUUUUUGUCAACAAGAAGCAGGAGGCUAACAGACACACAGCCCUGAAAAUGUAUCGCAUUAUAAAGUUGGCAUAUGGAUAGCAUGUUAGCAAACAAUUACCUACUUACACAUCCAUCAGACAUCCCACCGGGAUCAUGUUUCUGUGCACUAUUUCCUCUCCUUUAGCUCUGGUUUGAUCUCCCCCAACUUGUGAGAAAAAUAUCUGGAUCUUUUCCUGCUAAAUGUUAGAUUUUCUUCCCAGCUACUCACUGACUUUGCCGUUUGGUGCUGGGCAGGUUGCGCACAGAGGGUGUAUCAGAGCUUGUCUGCUGGAAACAGCUGCCUGCUGCUCAACCAUACAAUAAAGGAGUGGGUGUUAAAACAAAACAACGGGUUAAAAGAGGCUAAAAAAGCUCAGCAGAGCUACAGAGUUCUGGGAUCUUUGCAGGUUCCUCACUACAAGCCACACCUUUCACAUUACACGUAUUCAUCUGAUAUGAUGUUAAUUGAAAAAUAUUGAUAAAUGCAGCUUAAACUUUACACAUUAUGUACAUAGGUGUAAUUUGAUUUAAGAACGUAGGAGAUAAGAGAAUUUUUUGAAAAUGGAUAAAAUGGAAGCAUACUAUACAUCACUUUCCCUCUUUGUCUAUACUCUGUAGUAUACAGUGUUGAUAUUUAGUAACAAACUUGUGCUAAUCAUACAGAAUAGACCUCUGACCAGCGUGACAAUUUAAAGCUGAGGCACUUCUGCCAGUAUUUGGCUUUACGACAAGUCUACUCUUUUAAAGCUGUUUCACUGUCUACCCCACAUUGGUAGUGAUUUAAUAUUAAAAAAAAAAACAAAGAAGCUUUGGCGUCUGAUCGCCACAUGUAACAUACUGUACAGCAUGUAUACUACCAAUUUACUACUGUGACUCUGAAAACAGAAGAGCGCUAAAGCGACCGUGCAUAAAAUAGCAAUAGUGUCAUAAACCGCAACAGAGUAUUAAGAUUUUCUUUUUCUAUUCUUUUUUCUUUUUUAUGAGCCAAAACUAAAAGUGGUUUCCAGCCACUUGGUUGAAAAAAAUGAAAAAACUUGCCACACAUAAAAUGCCUUUUGGACACAACUGUACAAAUAUCAUAAAAUGGCAUCUCUGUAUUUUAUGUUCAUGUUGCACAGUAUGUUCAUUUUUAAGAAGCUAGUGUUGUUGUUUAAACCACAACUGUAUUUAAUAUAUAUUUUUUCUGAACUCACUUUUUUUGGGGUUUUCCAUUUUGCAACGUAUUCUAUAUAUCAGUUGUUUGACAUGUUGAAAUCUCUUCUUCUUAUGGCUUUUGUAUAACAUCAAAUAAGCAUUUUCAUGUAUAAUUUAUUCUGUAUGAUAAACUGUAUCUCAGAAGUGUGACUGAUCUAUCUAUGGCAUUCUCUACUGUGUGUUGGUGAGUACAUAUCAAUACAGUAGUUGCAGCAUGAGUGUGCAACCUUUGUAUGACA